CUCUUCAGAGCGCUUUUGACUAUUGUCUUGUCUAUGUAUACGUGCUUCACGAUAUUGUGUUGUGUGGAUAUUUGCGUGCUAUACUUGUCAAUGUACGGAGAAACAUAGCAAAAACAAUGAAGGCGAUAAUUCAAAGAGUUACCAGGGCGUCUGUCACAGUGGGAGAAGAUCAAAUAAGUUCAAUUGGACGGGGAUUGUGUGUUCUGCUAGGUAUGUCUGUGGACGACACCCACGCAGAUGCUGAGUACAUUGUACGAAAGAUCUUGAACCUGCGUUUGUUUGAGGAUGAGAAUGGUCGGCCAUGGAGCAAAAGUGUCAUGGAUCGGGACUAUGAGGUGCUGUGUGUGAGCCAGUUCACACUUCAGUGUGUACUGAAGGGUAACAAGCCGGACUACCACAUGGCUAUGCCUGCGGAGUUGUCCCAACCUUUCUAUGCCAGCAUCCUGGAGAACAUGAGGAGUGCGUACAAGCCUGGGCUGGUUAAAGAUGGAAAGUUUGGGGCCUUAAUGCAGGUACACAUUCAAAAUGAUGGCCCUGUAACCAUUGAGCUGACAUCACCUUCUGUUACUUCAGAUCCCCGACAGUCGUCCAAACAGGAGAAGCAGCAGCCAAGGAAAGAAAAGGCACGAUCCAAGGGACCCUCAGAUUCAAGUAAGGAGAAGAGUGCCCUACGUUCCCGACAGGACACUAAUCCCAGUAGUGGGGCAGAGGGUGACGUGUCUUCAGAAAGAGAGCCCUAGAUCUCCAGACUGAGCAAGGAUACAUAUCAAUGUAUAGUUUAGUCCCAAAGAAGGAAAAUGGCAAGGUCUUUUUAGUGUUUUUUUGCCUUUAUCAAUCAAGUAUGUGUUUAAUUGCAACUUCUGGCAGCUAAUAUUGUUAGUUGUUGUACACAUGGGAAUGUGAAACAUUUUCUUUGUUUGCUUCAGAUUCUCAAAUUCAAAAUCCUGUACUGAAGUACAAUUUCCAUCAGACAGCAACAAUCUCAUGUCAUGCUAUACUUUAAGAUUGUUAUCCACUUAUUAUUUUACAAUAAAGCACCCAACAGACAAUUUA